UCCCAGCAGCCCCGGUGUCUCUCCCUCAGGUCCAGGCUGCGAUUCAGCCCCAGACACGUCCUGCUUCUCGUCGAGGACGCGACACUCCUCCACCUCUCCGGGGGUGUCCAUGAGCACUUCCUCCACAUUGCGCCUGCAAAAAAAAAAAUCGGACCCCGUCUUCUUCCUCCUCCUCCUCUCUCCCCCCUGCCGCCCCCCUCCUCAGCCGUGUGGUAUCGCCCGACCAUCCAGCAGAGAGGCAGAAAGAGAGAGAGAGCGCAGUGUUUGGCUGCAGGUCGCCCGGAGAGGGACGCGCACAGCGGCUGAGGAACACAACACUAGACCCGUGUCUCUUACUAGUCUGGUUCUCUGCUCGUCUCCACCUUGCUUUGUCACCAACUUGGGGAAUACUAUCAUCAUCCAAGAAUCAGUUUGAAAAGGACAGACGGCCCGUUCCGCCCCGUCCCCACACCCCAGUGAUGCUUAGCUGCCGUAUCCCAGAGGCCCACCUUGGCAGUUAGAGGAGAGGUCAUCACCAUGACAGCGUCCUCGCAGGACUCCACGCCCUCGUCUAUGGCUGGCCUCCUCCUCCUCCUCCUCCUCUUCCCGAUUGUUUUCACUCAGAACUCAGUCCCGACAACCCCGUCAUUGUUUGACCCGCUGACCCAGCCAGAGUGCACAAAGAAAGAACAUCCAAAGGUUUCCAUCCAAGCACUCAGUCCGUGGAUAUCUACUUUCUCCCACCCGGGUGUGCAAGACUAUUCCCAGCUCACCCUUGACCUGACCAGGAAUGAGCUUAUUGUGGGUGCCAGAAACUACCUGUUCAGACUGGACCUCAGCAACAUGUCACUGAUACAGGCAACAGAAUGGGCACCGGACGAGGAAACCAGGAGAUCCUGUCAGAGCAAAGGCAAAACAGAGAUUGAAUGUCAGAACUACAUCAGAGUCCUGCUGGUGAACAAGACCGAGGUCAUGACCUGUGGAACCAAUGCUUUCCAGCCUCUGUGUAUUACCAGAGAGGUGGGCAACAUGAGCAGCGUGCUGGAGCGGGUCAAUGGUGUGGCACGGUGUCCGUACGACCCCCGUCACAACUCUACGGCGGUGGUGACGGAGAGCGGAGAGCUGUUUGCCGCCACCGUCAUUGACUUCUCCGGCCGGGACCCUGUCAUCUACCGCAGCCUGGGUGGGAUGCCUCCUCUCCGGACCGCCCAGUAUAACUCAAAAUGGCUCAAUGAGCCACACUUUAUCUCGGCGUAUGACAUCGGCCUCUUCACCUUCUUCUUCCUGAGGGAGAACGCAGUGGAGCACGACUGUGGCAAGACGGUCUAUUCCCGCGUAGCGCGAGUCUGCAAGAACGACAUCGGCGGGCGAUUCCUCCUGGAGGACACGUGGACCACGUUCAUGAAGGCGAGGCUCAACUGCUCACGCUCCGGGGAGAUCCCCUUCUACUACAACGAGCUGCAGAGCACCUUCUACCUGCCAGAGCAAGACCUCAUCUACGGCAUCUUCACCACCAAUGUCAACAGUAUUGCAGCAUCCGCAGUGUGCGCCUUCAACCUGAGCGCCAUAACCCAGGCAUUCAACGGACCCUUCCGCUCCCAGGAAAACCCUCGCUCCACCUGGCUCCCCACGCCCAACCCCAUCCACAACUUCCAGUGUGGUACCAUAGAUGAUGAGGGCCCCAACGAGGGUUUGACCGAGCGCAGCCUGCAGGACGCCCAGAGGCUCUACCUGAUGAACGACGUGGUCCAGCCGGAGUCUGUUGAUCCGCUGGUGAUGCAGGAUGACGUUCGCUUCUCCAACCUGGUGGUGGACAUCGUUCAGGGCAUGGACACGCUCUACCAUGUUAUAUACAUCAGCACGGAAUAUGGCACCAUCCUGAAGGCGCUGGCUACGCCCAACAAGAACCUGCAAGGCUGUUACCUGGAGGAGAUGGAGCUCCUCCCACCAGGGGUACGAGAACCAAUCUUUAGCCUGCAGAUCCUGCACAGUGACAGGUCGCUCUUUGUCGGAUUAAACAACCGAGUCCUGAAGAUCCCACUGGAGAGGUGCUCCACCUACAAAACUGAGACGCUGUGCUUGGAUGCGAGGGAUCCCUACUGUGGCUGGGACUUCAGGCAGCGGAGAUGCACCACGCUGGAGGACAGCUCCAACAUGAGCCAGUGGAAGCAGAACAUCACUGUCUGUCCGCUGCGGAAUCAAACCACGAAUGGGGGCUUCGGACCCUGGGCGCCGUGGCAAACGUGCAACAACGACGAUGGCGUGGAUGGAGUCAGUUCCUGUUUGUGUCGGUCCAGAUCCUGUGACAGCCCCGCCCCUCGAUGUGGAGGCAAGAACUGUGAGGGCCCCACCAUCGAAGUCGCCAACUGCUCGAGAAACGGAGGCUGGACGCCCUGGUCGUCAUGGGGACAGUGCAGCACAACCUGUGGCACAGGCUUCGAGCUGCGGCAGCGUUCAUGUAACAACCCUUCACCCCGACAUGGCGGCCGUGUGUGCGUGGGGCCGAGCAGGGACGAGAGGUUCUGUAAUGAAGGGGUGCCCUGUCCUCAGCCCAUCUUCUGGUCGCCGUGGGGACCCUGGACCAAGUGUAGCACCGAGUGCGGGGGAGGUGUCCACUCCAGGGUCCGCACUUGUGAGAAUGGCAACAGCUGCCCAGGAUGUGCACUGGAAUACAAGGCCUGUAACCUUGAGGCGUGUCCAGAGGUCAAGAGGAACACACCCUGGACGCCCUGGAUGCCUGUCAACGUAACCCAGGGCGGAGCUCGUCAGGAGCAGAGGAUGCGCUACAUGUGCCGAGCUCACCUGUCCGAUCCUCACGAGCUGCAGAUCGGACGCAGGAAGGUGGAGACGCGAUUCUGUCCCAACGACGGGACGGCGGCCUGCGAGACGGACACCCUCGUCGAGGAGCUCCUGAAGAUACCAGUGGUGAGAGUAGCAGGUGCCGGCUGGUCAUCCUGGGAGUCCUGGUCGAGCUGCUCGCAGAGCUGCGCCAAAGGCUACCGCACCCGCCGGCGAUCCUGUGCUGGACCAGAAGGGAAAAGUGCCCCAGUUGCGUGUCGUGGCUCACCUGUGGAGUACCAGGACUGUAAUGUCCAGGCGUGUCCUGUGAAAGGUGCAUGGUCCUGCUGGUCGUCCUGGUCUCUGUGCUCAGUGGGUUGCGGCGGCGGCCACUACCAACGAACGCGCUCCUGCAACAGCCCUGCGGCCACCAACGGAGGGGACAUCUGCAUCGGACUACACACCGAAGAGGCCCUCUGCAACACACACACCUGUGAUGAUGGUGCGAGAAGGGAGCAGAUGGUGGCGACUGAGCGGCCGGUGGCUGAGCACCAGACUGACAGGAAAGGUGGCUGGAUGGCCUGGUCGCUGUGGUCGGCGUGUGAUGAUUCAGGCUUGCAGAUGAGGAGUCGGGUGUGUGGCGCUCAGGGCAACACCCCGUGUGUGGGGAACAGCACGCAGCGCCGAGACUGCAAUGAAAUACCUGUCAUUCUCCCCGCAUCUGGUUUUGAUAAGGACCAACACUGCGGAGCGUUCACCUCCAUCCACCUCAUCGCGACCGGCGUGUCCUGUUUCCUCGGGGCGGGGCUGCUGUCCUUCUUGAUCUACGUCUACUGUCAGCGUUUCCAUAAGCCCUCGCAGGAGUCUGCCGUCAUCCACCCUACCACCCCCAACCACCUCAACUACAAGGGCAACACCACGCCAAAGAAUGAGAAGUACACGCCCAUGGAGUUCAAGACACUGAAUAAAAACAAUCUUCUGCCAGAUGAACGAUCCAACUUCUACCCGACGCCCCUCCAGCAGACGAACGUCUACACCACCACCUACUACCCCACGGCGCUCGGCAAGUUCGACUACCAGCCCAACUCUUCCCCUUCGCCGUGCAGAACCUACAACAACAGUAACAACAGCUGAGACACGCCCCACAACCGCCUCUCCAACCCCCCCUCUGCCGCAGACCCAAAACGGACACCGCCCAAACGCCAUGGUGACAUAACUGAACUGACAUGAACUGAAAUGUUUCUCAGAGCCGGGUUCCUCUGUUCACCAUCGCCCCUGCUCCUCGCUGUCUCUUCUGCAUGGCAGGGUUUGUGUUUUCAAGGGCGUUUCUGGAACUUUCCAUCAGGAGAUGUGGGUUUGGACAACAAUGCAGCCAGCGCGGUGUGUGUUAUCUCAACGGCCUGACUCCACAUAGCAGUGUCAACCCAGAGCAUCGUCUUCAUGAGAGGAUCCAGUGGAAAAGACCAGCAGGGCGAGUUUCGGCUUUAUUCAGAUUAUUAUGAACAAAGGGCACAUCAGCACAGGUGCUGAGUCGAGCGUUCACAAUUACAGAAUUGAAAAGAGCAGAACCGUAAAAAAAAAAAAAAUUCCAUUUCCCUGGAUCUGGGUCACCGUUUCUCUCCUCUCCGUUUCAACCAUUUUCCGCCUGUAAUGAACUUUGAGUCCCUCGACAACAAAAGCAGUUACUGAGAAUAAACAGCGCAUAUCGUAAUGUCCUUGCCACCCAGCGAGGAGCGGGAGAACAACAAUGAAGUCGAUGAUGAAAUAAAUUAGAGAUCAAUAUCAGCCCGGUUGUGCGGAGGGGGAUAUGCACGCCCUCCAUUGUUGCUAUUUCAUGUGACAGAAAAGAUAAGAACUUCUGAGUGAAGUUUUUGGACGGCGGCUUGGAGGAGUCACCGGUUGGAAAUUAUCUUUUAAAUCUGCUCAUGAUCAGAGCCUUUUGAGGACCAAGGACAUUUAUUUGCAGCAUUGAAGCAGAGGGGGGUUAUGAACUGUACAUAAAGCUUCGGGAACGCCACGUAUGCAACAGAGGGCAGGGGCGAAAUCUGUUUUCUUUCCAACACUUCUGUUUUUUCUCCCAAGAACAAUAAAGACUUCUGAAAGAGAAAUGAUUGAUUAUCCAAUCGAUUCUCCGUCGGAUGCAUCGAUUCUACUGAGUGCUAAAUAGCUCAGUGGUCAUAUCAAAUAUGACCAGUGCGCUGAACAACUGGACUGGGGUUUUUUAUGAUGGUAGAAUAAGCUAGUAGUCUGGCACUUCUUUUUUUUUUAAUGUUUGUUUUUUAAGAUAAUUGUUUUAUGCUCAGAUGAGCCGUAGCAUAGGAGGAAAUAUUUUGUUAAAUAAGAUAUAGCUGAUUAAUUGUUGUUUCUCUAAUUUCACUUCACUGAAUGAACACAUUCUUUUUCUUUUCUUGGUUUUUCAGCAGCUCUGUAACCAUUGCAUCUUCAGUUCCUGAAACACAAAGAAAAUAAACAUGACAGAUUUUUACAAGAAAAUGAAUGAUUGUAACUAAACGUCUAUUUGAAUGAUGAGUUAUAAUGGCCAUGUUAGAGAUAAAAAAGAUUCUGAGAUUUCAAGAAUGAAGAUGUGAUAGAGAAUAAAGUCGUAAUAUUAGUAAAAGUAAAAAGUCAUACUUUUAAGAGGCUAAAGUAAUCAUUUUAGGCUAUGUGUCAUUUUACAGGGGCAAGAUCUGUCUUUUAUCUGCGUUGAAAUAUGGAAUGUGGAUCAUUUUGUUGAGUUAUACUUUAGUAUAAGUUCACAAAUAAUAUUGUACAAUUUUUUUUUUUACUGUUGCCGUGAGAUUAUGACUCGAUUCUCAUCUCUCACUACGACUUCAUUCUCAUAAAAUGACAACUUCAUUCUUGUUAAAUUACAGCUUUUUUUCUCGCAAUAUUACAACUUUAUUCUUGAAAUCUCCAACCUAUUUUGGCCCAAAUACUCUCACUUAAAAAAGAACAAAAAAAAAGAUGCUUGCGUAGAGGUUUGCCUGUGUGAAGAUCAAAACGAGUGCAUGUGUGUGUAGAUGUGCGUACAUGCAAACACAUGUACUCUCUGCGUGUCCGUUUGCCCGAAUGAGGAAAGUUACUGUAUUUUGUACAAUGUAAAUGCUUUCAUACACAUGAUUAUAUAUGAGGAGGUCUGUAACGGCAUUUCGUUUUCCACAUCCUGUCACUGACACUCCGGGCGUUCUCCUGGUUUUUCUAUACUUCACGUACCAGAUGUUAAUCGUUGUAAGUUAAAGCGUCGCUCCUCUGGUUCCUGCUGGAGGUUGAAUGGACUCUAUUUAUAGUUAAUGCUUGGUUUAUAAAGGGCAUUUUCACAGCUAUAUUUUAUUAUUAUUGCCUGAUCGGUGAAUGCUAACCCAGAAAAUGCUCCUCACUUCUGCUACUGUACAUGCACGAAACGAGAGCUCUAUCUGUAUAUAUGAGCGACAGCCUUCUGCAGCCCAGUUAAUGACCAUGAAGAGGACCAUGUAAAUGUAUCUGUAUAUUGUAUAGCUAACACUGUUUGUUUAAGAAAGCCUUAUAGUUGUUUAAAAAAAAGUGCAGCAGCUAAGUACACACCAACCAUGAGGUUUGUUUGGGGACAGAGUUCCGAGAUGUGACCGACUGCCUUCGGCUUUUGACCUUUCCCAGCUGCUCAAACAUCAAAUUUCCACGUGCUCCAGGCUGAGAAUAACUCGGCGCAGCACUGAUCACGGAAUAUGGACACACAGUGUGGAUAUCCUGAGGAAGUAUUUUUGAUCCAGACUUUGCCUCUAUUGGCCCGGUGCGAAAGCCAGUCAUCUGAUUGGUCGGUAUUGAACUCUGCCCCCUGCGACGUGAGGCUCUGUGCCCUUCUAUGCAACUUACCAGGUGUACUGUUAGACCUGUCAUGUAGACUGUAAUCACUGCCUUUUAGACACUGUGAAUUUUUUGGUACCCUAUAUUUUUGUAUAUUGUACAUUAUAAAGGAUAAUAAACCUUGAUGCCAACACA